AUGUCCUCUCAAAAUCCUAUUCGGAGAAAGCUUGUCAUCGUUGGGGAUGGCGCUUGUGGAAAGACAUCACUCCUGUGCUGCUUCGCUCUCGGAGAAUUCCCAAAAGAAUAUGUAGGCCUGAUUAUUUUGUACCCGUUCGUCAUCCACCUGAUCGCUCACCGCGCUAUUUUUGAAAAUUACGUCGCAGAGAUCCGAUUAGAUGGAAAGCCUGUACAACUUGCCUUAUGGGACACAGCAGGGCAAGAAGAAUAUGAGCGACUGCGACCGCUCUCGUAUUCAAAAUCCCAUGUGAUCCUGAUAGCAUUCGGCAUUGACACGCCAGAUUCCUUAGAAAACGUCGCUGUCAAGUGGAUCGAAGAAGUCCGCUCCAUCUGCGGGUCUGCGAUUCCCGUGAUCUUGGUUGGCUGCAAAUCCGACUUGCGUCCGCCUCCCGACUCUCCGCUGUCGCAUAAUUACGUGCAACCGAGCGCGGGGCAGGAGAUGGCGCGUGAGAUCGGUGCGCGCGCUUAUAAGGAGUGUAGUGCGCUGCGUGGUGACGGUGUUGACGACGUGUUCGAGGCGGCGACGCGCGCCAGCAUGCUUAUGCGCGAGGGUGUUCCGGGACAUGGUGCCUCGCGGAAUCGGCGUGGCACUGUGAGUAGUGGUUAUGACGACGAUGCAGCGAAGGGGUGCUGUGUCGUGUGCUAG